GACCAACGCUUGUGAACAUUUUGUUUAAGCUAUAACUUUUCUGGAAAUGGAUCAUUCAAAGUUGAAUGGCAACGGUGACCAUGCGUUGGAGGAGGUGGUGUCGGAAUACUACGACCCGGUAGCCAUUCUUCUUUCCAGUGGCCACUACGACACGAAGAAUCUCACAGAUGAGCUAAAAAAAUGCUCGGUUACUUACGACCAGGUAAGCGGCCUCGAGGCGGAAGAUUUACGACUAAUGGGAAUAACAAACGAGAAUGCAAUCAAAGAGAUUUUAUCCGACUUAUCCGAGCUAGUGAAUCAAAGGCGAAUGUACGACAGUGUUCUUCAGCACGAAUUUGACCCUUGCCAGUACGCCACAACCAUUUGCCAAAACACCUCCGACCACCUGGAGAGCAUGCGGAUGUUGAUUAAGCUCAUGCAGCUAAGGUUUAGGCUAUCAUUUCCCAAUAACGUUUUGCUAGACGACCGUUACUAUGCGACCGAGAUGUCCCUAUCGCUUUGUGAUAGAAUCUGUGAAAGGUUGGACAACAUGUGCACAGUUUCGGUUGGUGUUAAUGCAAGUAGUAAACGCAAAACGUGGAUGCCUAAAUUAACCGUUCCACUGGUGCUCCUCUCCGGUGUCUUCGUGUUUACAGUAUGGUUGAAACAAAAGUAAAAGCAAAGUGAAAGUGCCUUGUUACGUGGGGAAAGUAAAACAGUACAAUAAAAAGUGCGUUGUAACGUAGAAUACAGAAAUUAGUAUUUACGGUGCAGCAGCAGUACCUUAAAAGAGAACUUUAGGAGAGCACAAUCAAUUCUAGUUUUCCAUGAUAAGGAAAUGUAUUGUUGCUUUAGUUACACCCUUAUCGCAUGCUGUCGGGUCAAUAAAAGUGCCUUCGUCACUAGCCAAAUAUUGGCUUAUCGAUAAACUGCACGUAGGGAUGCUGAAUGCGCUUUUGAUACUCAAUCAGAACAAGCUUGUUAACACCUUUCGUUAAAAUAUGCCUGGGAACAUACAGU